AUGAGGUUGGCAGGCCCCCUCCGCAUUGUGGCCCUGAUUGUUACCGUGGGCCUCACCUGGAUCGUGGUCAGCAUUCUCCUAGGUGGGCCUGGCAGUGGCUUUCCUCGUAUCCAGCAACUCUUCUCCAGCCCAGAGAACUCAGCAACUGCAGAGCCGCGAGCCAGAAAGUACAAAUGCGGCCUGCCCCAGCCAUGUCCCGAGGAGCACCUGGCCUUCCGCAUGGUCAGCGGGGCCGCCAAUGUCAUCGGACCAAAGAUCUGCCUCGAAGAUAAGAUGCUCAUGAGCAGUGUCAAGGACAACGUGGGCCGUGGACUGAACAUCGCCCUGGUGAACGGGGUCAGCGGUGAGCUCAUCGAAGCCCGGGCCUUUGACAUGUGGGCAGGAGAUGUCAACGAUCUGCUGAAGUUUAUUCGGCCACUGCAUGAAGGUACCCUGGUGUUUGUGGCAUCGUACGACGACCCAGCCACCAAGAUGAACGAGGAGACCAGGAAGCUUUUCAGUGAUCUGGGCAGCAAGAAUGUGAAGGACCUGGCCUUCCGGGACAGCUGGGUGUUUGUGGGGGCCAAGGGCGUGCAGAACAAGAGCCCCUUUGAGCAGCACGUGAAGAACAGUAAGCACACCAAUAAGUACGAAGGCUGGCCCGAGGCCCUGGAGAUGGAAGGCUGCAUCCCCAGGAGGACGACGGCUAGCUAGCCGGCCGAGCACAGGGACCGGGCUGAGGGGGGCUGCGUGUGCCUGGCCAGGAGAAGGCGGUGGCGGCGCCGGCGUGAGGCUGAGGCCUGACCCCACGCCCAGCCGGGAGUGCUGUCUUGCCCCAACACCUCGGGGCUCCGAAGCGGUGACGGGACCAGGUGUGACCGGUGGUGGGGG